AUGAUCAAUCAAGAUAAUCCACCAAAUGUGAAAUUGAGAUUGCUUGGUAAAAGAGGUAGGGAUGGAAGGACUUAUAACCUACCUUUUGUUUCUGAGGUAGCCAUCCUUGUGGUUGGCGAUUUUGACCACGCAUUGGGUGAUAGAGACAUUAUUGUUGAAAAACAGUCAGGAAAGCUUCAAAGGAUUAGUGAACUUCAUCCUUCUUAUCUUGCAUUGCAAUAUCCAUUGUUGUUCUCAUAUGGGGAGGAUGGUUAUACAGAAUUCAUAGGCUUUUCUGAUUCUUCUACAUCCACGUCGAGCAGUAGAAAGAGAGUUAUCCCUAAAGAAUGGAUUGGAUAUCCAAAUCUUUUUAUAACAUUUACCUGCAAUCCUAAGUGGCCUGAGAUUCAGAGGUUUGUUAGGUCUAGGGGUCUAAAAUCAGAUGAUCGUCCUGAUAUCGUUAGUAGGAUGUUUAAAGUGAAGUUGGAUGUUAUUUACACCAUUGAGUUUCACAAACGUGGAUUGCCUCAUGCACAUAUUUUGCUUUUUUUAAGCAAUGAGGAUAAGCAACCAUAUCAACGACGCAUUGAUGAAAUUAUAUCUUCUGAAAUUCCUGAUCCAUUGAUUGAUCCUUAUUAUUAUGAGUGCGUUAAGGAACUUAUGAUGCAUGGUCCGUGUGGUGUGUAUUUGAUGAUGAAGGAUUUGUUGCAGAGCGUUGGGCACCAGAAGAAGGUGCUAGUACGAGUCACGGUAUUGCCACCGCCCCCACUGCAGAGCGUUGGGCACCAUAAAUUUGUGUUGAAGGAUGGUGUUUCUUUGGAUAACAGAUAUGUUGUGCCUCACAAUCGUUUUCUCCUUGUGAAAUAUGGUGGUCAUAUUAAUGUCGAGUGGUGCAAUCAGUCUCGUUCAAUCAAGUAUUUGUUCAAAUAUGUACAUAAGGGUUAUGAUAGGGUGACGACAUCUUUUUUCCAAUCUGGUGUUGAUGGUGCUGAAAAGAAUUUGGAUGAAGUUAGUUUGUAUUAUGAUUGUAGAUAUGUAUCUGCAUGUGAAGCUGCUUGGAGAACUUUUGGAUUUGAGAUUCAAUACAAGGAUCCUUCUGUUGAACGAUUUAGUUUUCAUCUACCUAAUAAACAACAUGUCAUUUUUUAUGAAGCCGAUUCUUUGGAUAACGUCUUGAAUCGUAGGACGGUUCAUGAAAGUAAGUUCUUAGGUUGGAUGGAGGCAAAUAAGUUAUAUUUUGAAGGUAGAAAUUUGACAUAUGGUGAAUUUCCAACCAAGUUUGUGUGGAAGAAGGAUCAUUGGCAACCUAGAAAACAACGUUAUUCGGUUGGGAGGUUGUUUUAUGUUGCUCUCGGAUCUGGUGAUAUAGAUUCAUGCUUCGCUUUAAGAUUGUUGGAUGACGAUAAGGAAUAUAUUGAUGGAAUUGUUGAGGCUUCUUUUUGGUCGUCUGCCCAUUCACUGAGAUUGCUAUUUAGAAAAUUAAGGAAUCGACCAGAUUUGGUGCUGAGCGAUGAUGAAAUUCAGAAUAUUGUGUUGACCGAUGUUGAGAAAUUAUUAAUGAACGUUGGUAAAAGUUUGCAUGACUACCAUGAUUCUAUGUGCAAUAUUAAACAAGGAACUGAUCUUGCUGAGCUUAUCAUAAGGUCGAAACUUAUCAUAUGGGAUGAAGCUCCGAUGAUUCAUAAGCAUUGCAUAGAAGCCGUUGAUAGGACUCUUAGAGAUAUUUUUCGUGUGUGUAGUGAGUCCAGUAUGCACAAACCAUUUGGUGGAAAAACUAUAGUUUUUGGUAGUGAUUUUAGACAAAUUUUACCUAUUGUUCCUAAAGGGAGUCGGCAGAAUAUUGUGAAUGCCACCAUUAACUCAUCAUAUCUCUGGAGUAGUUGUACAAUUUUGAGGUUGACCAGAAACAUGAGACUGUUGAGUGUCGAAAAACCAGAUGAAGCUUUUAAGUUGAAGAAAUUUUCAUCUUGGGUUGCUUCUAUAGGUGAUGGAGUUGUUGGUGGUCCGAAUGAUGGUGGAGUCGUUAUAGAUCUUCCUUCCGACAUUGUUUUGUCUAAUUCUGGAGAUCCUCUUAAAACCAUUGUUGAAAACAUAUACCCUUCCUAUAUGGAUCCAGAAAAGUUGAGCAAUUGUUUGCAUGAUCGUACUAUACUUGCCCCCACGCUUGAUGUUGUUGAUGAGGUUAACCAAUUCAUGAUUUCGAUGGACCAGUCUCAAGGGCGUGUAUAUUUGAGCUCUGAUAGCAUUUCAAAUUCAGAUUCCACUUCGAAAGGUUCUGCUGAGAUUCAUUCUGUUGAAUUUUUGAAUAAUUUGAAAGGUUCGGGUACCCCUAAUCAUGAAUUGAUGUUGAAAGUUGAAACUCCUGUGAUGUUGUUAAGAAACAUAGAUCAUUCUAAUGGCUUGUGUAAUGGCACUAGAUUGAUAAUUACCCGUUUAGGUGAUUAUGUUUUGGAGGCGCGUGUCUUGGGGGUCAUAAUAUUGGUGAUAAGGUUCUGA